CGCGUUCUGGUCGACCUGAGCGACGUCCAGCUUCAAGGUCGAUUCUAACGAGUUUCAUUUGAUGCUGUGCUCUGAAGAGGAAAUCGUCACCAGGUCACGCCAGGACAAAGCCACUGGAUCGAUUGCACUAGCGAUUCUGACACUUCACCAUGCGAGAAUGCAUCAGCAUCCACGUGGGCCAGGCGGGCGUUCAAAUGGGGAACGCGUGCUGGGAGUUAUAUUGCCUGGAGCACGGAAUCCAGCCGGAUGGGCUCAUGCCAUCCGACGUGAGCGUGGAUUACGAAGGCGAUACCUUCAACACUUUCUUCAUGGAGACCGGUGCUGGGAAGCACGUACCUAGGGCCGUUUUCGUCGACCUCGAACCCACUGUCAUAGACGAGGUACGGACAGGGACAUAUCGGAACUUAUUCCAUCCUGAAUUCCUCAUCACUGGAAAGGAAGAUGCGGCCAAUAAUUACGCUCGAGGCCAUUACACUGUCGGAAAGGAGAUAAUCGAUCUGACGGUCGACAAGGUGCAAAAGCUGGCCGAUCAGUGCGGGGGGCUUCAGGGUUUCCUUGUAUUCCAUUCCUUUGGUGGGGGAUCUGGAUCCGGCUUUACUUCCCUAUUGAUGGAGAAACUCAGCGUCGACUUCGCCAAAAAGGCCAAGCUCUCUUUCUCCAUCUAUCCUGCUCCCCAGCAUUACCGCGUCUCUGAGGUUCGACGGAGCGCUGAAUGUGGACCUCACCGAAUUCCAGACGAAUCUCGUGCCUUAUCCUCGCAUCCAUUUUCCUAUUGUGAGUUUUCUUUCUCCAUGAGAUGGAAGAAUCGCCGAGGAAUGAUUUUUCUCCUCUUCAAGGCAAUGUGGGCUCCGGUUAUAUCAGCAGAGAAGGCCUACCAUGAGACCAUGACGGUGGACACCAUCACUCAGCAAUGCUUUGAACCAGACUGCCAAAUGGUUCGUUGCGAUCCCCGGGCCGGGAAAUACAUGGCAGUGUGUCUCCUUUACAGAGGCGACGUCGUCCCGAAAGAUGUCAACGCUGCCAUUGCAAAAAUGAAAUCCAAGAAAACCAUCGAUUUCGUGGACUGGUGUCCGACGGGAUUCAAGGUGGGGAUAAACUAUCAGCCACCGACAGUGGUGCCCGGAGGAGAUCUGGCAAAGGUGCAGCGGGCAGUGUGUUGUCUCACCAAUUCCACGGCCAUUCAGGAACCUUGGGGCAGGCUCAACCAUAAGUUCGACCUCAUGUAUGCCAAACGAGCCUUUGUUCACUGGUUCGUCGGUGAAGGAAUGGAGGAAGGAGAAUUCUCGGAAGCCCGCGAGAACCUGGAAUCCCUGGUCAAGGACUACGAGGCCCGGGAGUGCAUCAGCAUCCACGUGGGUCAGGCGGGAGUGCAGAUGGGGAACGCGUGCUGGGAGUUGUACUGCCUGGAGCACGGGAUCCAGCCGGAUGGGCUCAUGCCGUCUGAUUUGACCUUGGACUACGGGGGGGACACGUUCAACACGUUUUUCAUGGAGACCGGAGCUGGGAAACACGUUCCCAGAGCCAUUUUCGUCGAUCUCGAACCCACUGUCAUCGGGAAGGAGAUCUGCGACCUGACGAUGGAUCGGAUGCGUCGCCUAUCCGACCAGGCUCAGAGCCUCCAGGGAUUCCUGGUGUUCCAUUCCUACGGAGGGGGCUCCGGCUCCGGCUUCACCUCCCUCUUGAUGGAGCUCCUCUCCGCCGAUUACGGCAAAAAGACCAAAUUGGCCUUUUCCAUCUACCCUGCACCCCAGGUGUGGCGACGGCCGUCGUCGAACCUUACAAUGCGAUUCUGCAUACGCACACAUCGAUGGAGCACAACGACGUCUCCUUCAUGCAUCACGGCGUCGUUGAGGUUCGACGGAGCCCUCAAUGUGGACCUAACCGAGUUCCAGACGAAUCUCGUGCCUUAUCCCCGAAUCCACUUUCCACUAGCUACGUGGGCGCCGGUGAUAAACGCGGAAUCGGCCACAAACGAAAGAUUCACCGUCGCUGAACUCACGAACCAAUGCUUCGAACCCGACUGCCAAAUGGUGAAAUGUGACCCCCGUCGAGGGAAGUACAUGGCCUGUUGCCUGUUGUACAGAGGGGACGUCGCCCCGAAGGACGUGAAUGCUGCAAUCGCUGGGAUCAAGUCAAAGAAGACGGUAGAAUUCGUGGAUUGGUGCCCCACCGGUUUCAAGGCGAACAGAUCACGAAAGGACGGGUUCCGCUGUUUCAGGUCGGGAUAA